AUGAAAUUUGAAAUACCUAUUGUUAAUCGUAAAAAAUGUUUUCUUUUUCACGCUAAAGAUUAUUGUUCCUUGAUGCGGCCAUGUUUUUACAUUUGUUUCAUACUCGGUGUUUUUCCGUAUAAGGUCACUUCAACGACUUUGAAGUUUUCCAAAUUUGGCUACAUAUAUUCUACACUUAUAACAAGCAUAUAUGUUAUUCACGUUUUUAUACAUUUAUAUCAAACUGAUGUAUCCGGGACAUUACGAUACGACAGUAUACCGGGAACGUUACAGGCAAAUUUUUAUUACAUUCUUGGUACCGCAGUAGCCAUAAUUGCAUAUUAUAAUACACAUAAAAGAAUGUUAUUUCUACAAAAAUUAUAUAUAGUAGCUUCGAAGCUACCUUCCAAAACAUUUAUUGAACUGUCCAAAUUUAUUCACGUGAAAGACAUUGUCGGUUUUCUUUUUUUGAUUGGACAAUUGCCGAACGUGAAAAGUAUUUCCGUUAAUGUAACACUUGGCAAAUUGUCCGGCAUUUAUGCAACGUUAAUUGUUUUUACAAUGGAUAUGCUUUAUAUGAAUUGUACUUGCGUAAUUAAGGAUUGUUUUAUGAGGAUUAAUGAAAAUUUGAAAAAUCUUCAAUUUGUUCUUGUAACCGGUGAACCUCAUCUCUUGAGAAGAGCCUAUCACGAAAAAAAUAAUCCUUUACUUUUAAUGGAAUUAAAGGCUAUUAAAAAAAGACACCAACAAGUCAGCGAUAUUCUUCAACAAAUGAACACAAUUUUUGGUUCUCAAAUUAUUAUCACGUCAUUAAUGACUUUUGCAGAGGUAACUUUUAGUUUAUAUUUUUACAUUUUACGAACGGUCGAUCAGAAAGAAAUAAACUUAGAGAGGCAAAUCUGGUUUGCGUACUUCAUAACUUCGGUAGCGUAUUAUUCCAUCAAGUUAAGUUUAAUGGCGUGGGCAUGCGAGACCGCUAAAAAUCAAGCUGCCGAGGUUGGAUCUAGAAUACACGAAGUAGUUAUCAAUACCACAGACAAGGAUAUUAAAAACGAGCUGCAAUUAUUUUCCUUGCAAGUAUUGCAUCGUGAUAAUACGUUUACCUCGAAAGGACUUACCAUGGAUGCAACUCUUUUAACAACGAUCGUGGGAAGCAUUACAACGUAUUUAUUGAUAUUAAUACAAUUCUUGGUUUCCUUAAAUCCAUGCAAAUCACACAAUAAUACAAACAACAACAACAACAACAGCAAUAACUACAACGCGUAA